AUGGCCGACAAGAACCAGAACGACUACUCGGACUCUGAGCCGCACGAGCGCUCGACCAUGGCCCAGCAAAAAGCCAUCAACAAAAAGAAGCAAGAGCGACGCGAAGCCGGUCUCCAAUCCGCCCGCUCGCGCUCCUCAUCGCGCCGUGCCCGCCGCGCCCGCCUCGAGGAAGACAAGAAGAACGGAAAGUACAUGCACACGACGCCGCUCGAGGUGCUCGAGGAGGCCGAUGCAAACGGUGACCUGCAGAAGAUGGGCAUGUUUGAGCGUAUCGGGCCCGACAGCACGUCCAUGGAUGGUCCUGUUACGUAUGCGCGUGCGAUGCGUGGUGAGAUUCCUAUGCGUGGCACGAAUCCCAAUGAGCCGUUUCGCAUGGAGCCGGAGAAGGGCGGGAGUGAGUUGAAGGAUCAGGAUGGAUUGAAGUUGACGCUUGAGGCAAAUCUGGAGAUUGAGAUUGAGCUCAAGGCGAGUAUUCGGGGGGAUUUGACGUUGAGUUUGUAG